AAUUAUUGAGAACAAAAUCUUGGCCAUGUUGUUAAAUAUGGUCUAACAUUGCCGCCAAUUUGUCAUAGUGUAUAUUUUCGCUCAUUAUUUUUUUUUACGAGCACCAUAAAUAGUAUAUUAAAUAUAACAUAAUUAUUGUGGCGAUAGUUGCAAACUUAUGUUAUCUGAUUUAAUAAUUGACAUUUUUUAAAGUAGACAUUGAUUUUAUCAAAAUUUGAUGACAAUGUCGCGACAAUAUUGUUUAAUAUGUGCGAGCGACGAAGGAUUUUUUCUAGAUAUUUAUCUUGAUGGAAAAAAUUUUCGUGAGAAUAUUGAAAAAUGUUUAUCAGCGAAGAUUCAAAAAAGAAAACUUCAAUCUACAAAACUAUGCCACAAGUGUGCAUAUGAAAUAGACCAAUGCUCCCAAUUUGUUGAUAAAUAUAGAAAAGCACGUGAUUCAAAUGAAAAACCACAAAGAAAGCGUGGAUUCUGUUAUUUAUGUAUGGAAACUGGUCCAAAAGGCCUAAUUUUUUCGCUGAGUAAUAAUGAUACACUAAAUAAUCCUCAGAAGAAAUUACACGCUAUAUUUAAUGAUGAUUAUGUAGCAAGCAAGAUGACAAAUAUUUCUAUUUGUUUGAAUUGCCGAUAUAAUGUCGACGUACUUUAUGAUCUUAAAUGCAUUUACGAAAGUUCUGGAAACCUCCAAAAAACCAUCGAUGAAGAUAGUGAACCAUUAUCAGAUUCGAAAAAGAUAAAAACCCACGUUGUGAAACGUAAGACAACAUUACCAAGCUCUUCAAACCCUAUAAUUGAAAUAUCAGAUUCUGAAAGUGACUCGAGUGUUACAAACAGAAAUGUUAGGACUAAAAAAGUAGCGUCGUCAGUCAAAUCAAAAUCCAAUGGAGAUGAUCGUGAAUGCGAUGAAUGCCAUGAUACCAUAGAGGUUGGCGUCGAUAUGUAUCGUUAUCAUCACACGGGUUGUAAAGUUUGCAAGGAUUGUUGGUUAAAAGUUGAUCCAAACGAGAUGUCAAUCGCGAAAAAACGUAGAAAGUUACAAAAACCCACUAGUACUAAACUCUGCAGUGUUUUUCUCGAAGAUAUUUUCGUUGGUCCUCCGGAAAAUAAGAAGAAGGGUUCAACAUCCAAAGCGAAAGAUGUCGAGGAAGACUAUGACGUUUGUGAUGAUAGUGUUGAUGACGAAACAGAGACAAAAACGAAUUUACAGAAGUCAAAGUUGAGAACCCGAAGCAUGCAAAACGACCAAAAAUCCCCUAAAAAAUCAAAAGUCGUUCCCAAAAAGCGACCCACAAAAUCUACUUUACAAAACAAUAAUCCAGACAAAAAAAUUAAGCAAGAAGUUUCUUCUAAACCUCCCGAGGUUCAAGAGAAAACUUAUCGUACCAAAAAAACUAGAAGUCGUUUGAGCGCAUUGAGAGAGAAGAAAAUUGAACUUUCAAAACUCAAGAGCGAAAGUCUCAAGAAAUCUCAACUGGAGCAACGUCGCAAAAAGUUACAAUCAAAACUCCGUCAGAGCCGUUCGAGAGAGUCGUCGGAUUUACCUUCGGCAAAUGAGGAAGUUUCUGAGCCUCAAAAAACCCAAGAAGAUAAGGAUCUAUCGAUGAUUGUCGACAGUGAUUCAGAAAACAGCGGGCCAUACACUUGCAAUAUUUGCAGCACCGAUUAUGAAAAUCGCGUCGAAGGUUUGAAGCACGAAUUGACUCACUCAAAAAAACUGGGAGUCGUUUUAGAAAAAGUUGCUGUCGCAGAUGACGAAACAAACGAACAACCCAGCGACGUAACUGAUAAGUCUGUUACCGAACCUCCAACUAAUCCUGCCGAAGAAAGUCACGUUUCUGACGUACCGACCGCGAAAAGUGAUGAAACGAAAGUUGAUGACGAUAUGCACAUCGCCGUUGAAUCAAAAACUAACGAAGUCGACGGAAAACAAUCAAUGGAAACAAAUGACGAUAAGGAAAAUCCACCUGAAGAUGUCGGCAAUGAUUCCGAUAAAAAAGUAGUGGAUUGUAAUGACGAAAAUGACGUCACUGAAAAACUUGUUGGUGAUGAGAAAAAUACUGACGUUGAUAAGAAAGACGAUAACGUUGAUGUUGAUGUUGCCAUUGAUGAGAAUAAUAUUAGAGCUGAAGACUCUAAUUUCGAAACGAAGACGUCGAAUUUAGAUACUGAUCAUGAUGAUGUUAAUGAAAAACAUGACGAUGAUGAAAAAAAUCUUGGGGAUAAGGAAGUUAAUGCAGAAACUCAUGAAAUUAAUGAACCCUCGACAAAAGAAAGUGAAACUGAGAAUAUGCCUACAGAAAUCGAGGCUAAGGAUAAGAACAAAGAUGAUGACUCUGAAAGUAUUUUGAGAGAAAAUGAUCCUGUAGAAAACAUUGAAAAGAAUGAGAAUCACGUGCAACAAAAGGAAGAGACAAAUAACGUUGAUGUCGAGAAUCUAAGCGAGUCAACUGUAGAAUCUAAUAAAACAGUUGAACAGCCGAACAAUCAAAUUCACGUUGAUAAUGAUAGUGAUGACAAAGAAAAGAAAGAUAGUCAGAGUGAAGAGGGCGAUGAUGAAAGUAGUAAAUUAAGUUGCAAUACAGAAAAAUUAGGAAUAGAAGGUUGUGAAAACGACGAAAAAUUAAUUGAAAAUAAGGCGGAGACGGAAAGUAAAUUAGUUGAGUAUGAAAAUAGUUUAAAAGUAGAUGAAAAAGUAGAAAGUUUAGAGCCAUCUAUUGAUACUGGUACUGAAAAAAAUGAAAAUAGAGUUGAUAAGUUGCAAAAAAUUAUAGAUGCGAGUUUUGGAGACUCACUUCAGGAAUAAUUAAAUUUCUCAGUCUUUUCAUUUCUACACAAAAAAAAAGGGAGUUUUUGGUGCAAAAAAUUUCUUGGGACAAGUAGAAAUUUUUUGCAGAAAUUGGAACCAAAAAUUUUCUUGGCGCGAGUAAAAAAUUCUUGUGUCAAGAAAUUUUUUCUAGUCCUGGGAAAAUUUUUUUCUUCAAUUUAUAAUGAAAAAUAUUUCUUGCGCCAAGAUAUACUUUUUUUCUGUGUACAUAAAUUUGGAUGUGAUGUAUGGUUUAAAAAUUAACCUUAAUAAAUUUAUACAAAUCAAAUAGAUAUUUCGGAAUGUUGAAUUUAAAAAGCUUAGAGAAAUAAUACUUUCGAAAAUUUAUAAAUUUUAAUUUUAAAAAAUUGUAAAAAAUAAUUAAAGAGAUCUAGUACCCGAUUAAGGAACUAGUACCCGGUAUUAGUUCCCUGAUCGGGUAUUGGGUCUUUUACCUAAAAUUCAAACAUACAUUUUUUUUCUUCGAAUAAUAAAAUUUCUAAUAAUCAAAUGUAAAUAAUCUUUGUAAAUAGUUUUGAGUGAAAAUUUUAUCAUAUACUUUAAUUGCAGAGAGUAAAGUUAUUAUUAACAAGAAAAAGAAAAAAAAAGAUGUUAAAAACACGUUUGAUACACACUUUUAUAAUAUGAUGCAUAAAUGGAUAAUAGUACAAUUAAAAAUGUUAUGUAAGUCAAAUAUAUAGUUAGUACCGUAUGCGUGUGUGUGUGUGUGUGUGGAUGUGUGUGAGUGUGAUCACAGAUAACUUAUCCAAGUAAGACGAUUCACUGUUUGAAAAUAGUGUGUUAUAUUAAAAACUUUGAUUGAAUUGAUUUAAAAUUUCUGAUUGACUUUCAAUCGGUUUUAAUCGGAAUAUUCCGAACAAAUCCGAUUGAACGUUAAUCGAAAAUUGGUAUGUUUGUUCCGAUUGAUUCUAAUAGAAAUUCGAUUGAGUCAAUCAUAUUUGAUUGGUUUUAAUCAAAGUUUUUAAUCAGGGUUGCCAACACACGAGAGUAUAAUAUUUGAUGUCACUGAAUGUAGGCGAUAGUUUAUUUAAUCAAUGCACGAAGAAAAACGUGUUGUUUAGACAAUAAGCGACAUAUUCUUCGGGUGUGAGUUACAUAAAAAAAGUUUACUUCACUUAUUUCUGGAAAAACUCUUCGGGUGGGAUUUAUGCAUUUUAUAAGCAGAGAUUUUUCAUUCAUGUAUUUGUAUUUAGUUGCCUGAGUAUUGAAAAUUGCACAUAAGAUUGCACUCUAAUAUAAUUUACAAUCUAAUAAAAGGUAAUAAUUAUUCAAAGCUUCGACAUGUUGAUAGAUUUAAAAAAUAUUUUCAUUACAUUCAAUAGAUCUAACAAAUUGAUUCAAAUUUAAUGAUAUGAAAUUCGUAUUUUUUAAUAUCAGCUCUAAAAAAAAAGUCAAUAACAUCGCCUAGUUGUUUUUAUCUCGAACUCUAAACUAACCUGUUUUGUAUCAAUUGAUGUAUGAUUCAAAAGUUACUAAAACUGUUUCUAUUCAUUUUUUGGUCUUAUGAUCAGUUUUGUUCAUUUACUGACUUAUUUAAUGCGUAAUAUCUUUCAGACACUGUCUCAACAAAUAUUCUUAUUUUAUCAAUGAAAAAUUUACAUCAAAGUUUACUAUUAUGAAAGUUUCUUUCUUAAUAAAAAAUAUUGACAAUUCUGAUGCAUAAGCCUUAAACUUUAUUAUUAAGU